CCCAUCGUCGCUGCUGUCUGUCUAGGUGGAUAGGCUAGCCUCGCUCGCCAUGUCCUCCUCCUCCUCCUCCUCCUUCCCGUCUAUACAGCAGCCGCCCCCCGCCGGUGCAAUCCGUGGCACCUCCCCCUACUCCGCGUCCACGUCCUUCCUCCCCUCGUUCACGAUCAUCGCAUCGCUGCUCGCCUUCGUGUUCCUCGCCUCCGUCUCCAUCCACCUCCUGCUCCGCUUCCUCUCCGACCGCUCCUCCUCCUCCACGUCGACGUCUCGACCUCCGCCCCCGCAGACCCACCGCGACGCGCCGGGGAGCAGGGCGGCGGACGCGUCCGUGGCGAGGCCUGCCGCUGCCGUGGCGCCAGUCGACGCGCGGGGGAAGGAGGAGGCGGCGGCGGGCGACGAGAAGCAGCGGCUGAUCGACUCGCUGCCGCUGUUCACGAUGGCGUCGGCGCUCGCGUCGCUCCCCGGCAGCUCGCCCGACUGCGCCGUCUGCCUGUCGCCGUUCGCGCCCGACGCCGAGCUGCGGCUGCUGCCCGCGUGCCGCCACGCGUUCCACGCCGCCUGCGUCGACGCCUGGCUGCGCACCGCGCCGUCCUGCCCGCUCUGCCGCUCCGCCGUCGCGCUCCCGCCGCACCCCUCGCGCUCCGACAUGCACGCCGCCGGCGCCGCGCAGCAGCCGCCGACGCCGACGCCGAGGGCCAGGGGCCGGUCCGGACCGAGCUUCCUCGUCGAGAUGGGCACCGUCAGCAACCGCGGUGGCGGGCAGAGGAACAGCCGCACCUACUCGCUCGGCUCCUUCGACUACCAGAUCGACGAGGAGGUGGAAGCCGUGGUAUCCCGCGUCGCGCGCAUCAUCGCCAGCACCGUCAAAGAGGAUAAGCCGCCUUCGGUCGAGGAGGGGCCGCCGCUGUCGUUGUCGCCACCGCCUCCGCGAGAGACGGUAGGGUCCUCGCGCGGGUGGCUGCGGGAGUACGUGGACCGGCUGGCAUCGUCCGCCUACACGUUCUCGGAGCGGUGGAGCUCGCGCUGGAGCCAGGGGCUGCAGAGCCAGCAACGGCAGGAAGAGCCGUGGCUAUGGGACGCCGAGGCCGCGGCGAUGUCGGCGGCGCCGGGGUCCGGCGAUGAGGAGGAGACGGCGUUCAUGGUGAUGUACCGCUGGAUCGCCGGGGUGUAAACGUAGUCGAGCUAGUUCAGGUCUCACCAGUGACUAGUGAGAGCGUUCAUGGAUAUCCUCGGAGUUCGCAUUUGGGAACACGUACGAGGAGACAUGGAUGGAAUGAUGGAUGGAUGGAUGGAUGGAUGGAGGCGGCAAGGAAAGCGGAUACGAUACGAG